GGGGAAAUUUGGGAUUUUUGGGGGGAAAUUCAGGGAUUUUGGGUCAUUUUUGUGGGAAAUUGGGGGAUUUUGGGGCGAAAUUUUUGGUUUUUGAGGCGAAUUUGGGGUUUUGGGGUUGGAUUUUGGGGCGUUUUUGGGGUUUUUUGGGGUUUUUUUUGCAGAGGAAGUUUCGAUGGUUUUGGAGCGGCUGCACCGAGCCCGGAGGCCCCCGGUGGAGAUCGACAUCAGCCCCCCCAGGAGGUCCCUUUUGCUCCCGGAUUCCCGAGCUCUGAUGGAGGAACUGGAGGAAGCUCCCGACCCUUUCUUCGGGAUCAUGGGGGUGGAGCUGCCCCAGGUUCAGGAGCUGCUGCCCCCGGAGGAGCCCCCAGGAGGAGCUGCCCGAGGUGACCCCGCGGGAGCUGCAGCUGCUGCUGGAGGCCGAAGAUCCCGUUCCUGUCCCAUAGAUCCGUUCUGCCCCAUAGAUCCGGUUCUGCCCCAUAAAACCCGUUCCUGCCCCAUAGAUCCGGAGCCGGUGUCUCUGCCCCACACCCUGCGCCGGACCCCGAACGAGCUGCUGGGGACGCCCUGUCACCCUCUGCUGCCCCCGGAGCUUCGCCGCCUUUGGACUCGUCUGGUCCGGCCCCUCCCCCGCCCCCCGGAGCCGCCCCCGGAGCCGCCGAGCGAGGUGGAGGUUCUUCGGGAGGCGCUGGAGCCGAGCCUGCCCCCCCCCAGCUCCGAACUUUCCCUGGAGCCGAUGGAGGAAGAACCGAGCAUCCCGCCACUUCCGGCUCCGCCCCCCGAGGUUCUCCCGGAAGUUCCGGAAGCGCCGGCGCUCGACCUCCGAAGGCUGAUCCUUGACCACGCCCAACUUCCGGAAGGGGCGGAGCUUGCCGCCAUCUUGGAUCCGGCUUGGCCACGCCCGCUUGUGGCUCGGGCCUUCGCUCUCUGCCUGGAGCUCUGCGCUUCCCAUUGGCUGCAGCUGGAGCAGCCCCGCCCCUACGGACCAAUCAGAAUCAAGCUCCGCCCACAGCGCCAAUAAACCACGCCCACAUGACCAUAUAUGGAGUUGGAGUUGGUUUUUUUUGGGGAAUUUUGGGAAUUUUGGGGUUGUUUAAAGGGAAUUUUUGGGGAUUUUGGCGGGAAAAUUUUGGCGGGAAUUUUGGGGUGAAUUUUUGGGAGUUUUUGGGGAUUUUUAUGGAAUUUUUUGGGAAUUUUUUGGGAAUUUUUUGGGGAAUUUUUUGGGGAAUUUUUGGGGAAUUUUUUGGGAAUUUUUGGGGAAUUUUUUGGGAAUUUUUUUUGGGAAUUUUUUGGGGAAUUUUAGGGAAUUUUUUGGGGAAUUUUUUGGGAAUUUUUUGGGGAAUUUUUGGGGAAUUUUUGGGAAUUUUUUUGGAAUUUUUUGGGAAUUUUUGGGGAAUUUUUGGGAAUUUUUGGGGAAUUUUUUUGGAAUUUUUUGGGAAUUUUUUGGGGAAUUCUUGGGGAAUUUUUGGGAAUUUUUGGGGAAUUUUUUUGGAAUUUUAGGGAAUUUUGGGGAAUUUUUUCGGAAUUUUGGGGUUGUUUGAAGGGAAUUUUUGGGGGAUUUUGGCGGGAAAAUUUUGGCGGGAAUUUUGGGGUGAAUUUUUGGGAGUUUUUGGGGAAUUUUUUUGGGAACUUUUGGGGAAUUUUUGGGGAAUUUUGGGGAAUUUUUUUGGGAAUUUUGGGGGAAUUUUUAAGAAUUUUUUGGGGAAUUUUUGGGGAAUUUUGGGGAAUUUUUUGGGGAAUUUUUUUGGAAAUUUUGGGUUGAUUUUUUUGGAAUUUUGGGGAAUUUUGGGGGGAAUUUUUGGGGAUUUUUUUGGGAAUUUUUUGGGGAAUUUUUGGGGAAUUUUUGGGAAUUUUUUGGGAAUUUUUGGGGGAAUUUUUGGGGAAAUUUUGGGGAUUUUUGGGAAUUUUUUUGGGAAUUUUUUGGG